UGACCAAAGGAAGUUCCGCCUCUUCGCAGAGCGACUUAGGAAAGAGAAGGCGGCGACUGCGGCCUUGAGGAACGGGAGUUGUUUGUGGCGGAUUAGAAUUCCGCCGAGCUUCGAAUUCGGCUAACGGAUUCCUCCACGCGCCGUUUAACGGUUGUUCUCUCGAAAAUUCGACAUGACGUAUCCGGCGUUCGGAGCGUAUGGUGCUUACCAUGGUCAGAUGCCAAUGCAAAUGGCAGUGGGACAACCGGUCCCUAGAGGGGUACAAACUGUAGCCCAUGAUGGAUCUACUGGAUAUUCUGUUUAUUCUGGUGCCUAUGCUGGUGCUGCUGUUGAUCCCUUGUGGGCAUUCUUCAGUGCUACUGCUGGACAGAAUGGUGAAGUGGAUGCAGAGGAAUUACAGAGAUGUCUAACACAGUCUGGAAUCAGUGGAACAUAUUCUCCAUUCAGCUUGGAGACCUGCAGAAUUAUGAUAUCAAUGUUAGAUAGACAAAAUACUGGAAAAAUGGGAUAUAACGAAUUUAAAGAACUUUGGACAGCUCUUAGUGCUUGGAAACACAAUUUCAUGUUGGUUGAUCAAGACCGAAGUGGAACUGUGGAAUUUCAUGUACUGACUCAAGUUAUUGUAGCCAUGGGAUACAGACUAAGCCCACAGACUUUAAUUGCUAUUGUAAAACGUUACAGCAAAAAUGGCAGAAUUUCUUUUGAUGACUAUGUGGCGUGCUGUGUGAAGCUUCGUGCUUUAACAGAUUUCUUCAGGAGAAGAGACAGCAUGCAACAGGGCAUUGUGAAUCUUCUGUACGAUGAUUUCUUGCAGUGUACCAUGACUAUCUGAUUGCCGGCUGUGGAUGAAAACUCCCAUGCUUAACUUCACCUGCGUGGAAUUGCUGUGAAAGCAAGGCUGUCAUUGAUUUUCCAUAUUUCUGCCUGCUAAUGUACCAUUUUUGACCUUUAAUGUGUAGUUUGAAAUAAAUAAGUAUACAGGUUGUACAGUAAUUGCUAGAGGUGUCAUUCUUUUACAUGUGGAUGAUAGUCUUUUUUCCUUUUGGGGUUAUGCUCUUAGAAUGAAUAAAAGGAAACAAUCACAUUUCAUGCUAAUGAUAUAAACAGGGCAGGCUGCAUCUUGAGAAAUUGUAAAUGCCUAAGAAACCAGGAAGCCAUAAAUUGGUGGCUGUCAAAAGUAUGUUUAAACAUUUGUAUAUUUCUUCUGAAUGUUAGAGAAAUAAUUUGAAUGCAAACUCGAAGAAAGUGUUCAUAGUAAAGAUUUAUACCCCUUAGUGGUAAAGCAUACUCUUCCAAGUGGUGUAUCCUCUCGACCAGGGGUCCCCAACCCUUGGGGAUACUGGUCCGUGGUCGGUUAUGAACAGGUCCAUGCAAGUGGUGGGUGAGUGAGCGAAGCUUUAUCUGCAUGUGCGGGAUCUAUGUUGUACGUGAAACCAUUCCCCCCCCCCCAGGUCCACAAAACUGGUUCCCUCGUGCCAGAGAGGUUGGGGACUGCUGCUCUUGGCAUAAACUUCCAAAAGAAUACUGGUGGCUUUAUGGAGUUGCCAUUUUCCCAAUGAAGUGUAGGUCUUUAAGGGAAAAGAAGGCGGGGGGGGGCUUUGCAAUUGGCUCAUUAUCACCUAGAAUUCCAAGAGCAGGGGAAGAAUCCAAGAAACGAAAGCCUGAAAUUGAUGCUUCCUGAGCUUUUACUGUACUGCGGUUACUGCCUGAAAAUAGAAUCGUGGAUGUGGUGGGAAGCUGUUAAAAAGUGAAGCAGCUUCUCAUAUGGUAAUAAUCACAUGCCAGCAUCAGCAGAUCUCUUGCUCUCUUCCAACACGCUGCAAGUGGUAUUAGAUAAACAGGGCCGGUGGCAAAUCAUUUCUUUAUAUGUUUUUCAAAUUCGGCUGCUGCUGUUUUCGAUCCAUUUAUAAUUUGUACAUUGCAAGGAAAUGUCAAGGUUAGCUAGCAUUAUGGAUAAUGGUCUUGGUUUACUGGCUUGCCUAUUGCCAUGUUUUGCAGAUUUAAAUAUUUUCUUUCUGUGUAGACAUCUCACUAUGCAUUGUGGAUGAAUCAUAAAAGCCUUGCUAAAGUGAGCUGUUGGGUAUGUUCUGCUGCCAAAGGAAAUAGAAUUAAGUCCAGGUAACGCUUCAUGAUUAACCUAGCGAGUGGGUGCAUUUGUUACAAGAGUUUCCCAUGUUGCCAUUUCUUGGUAUAUUGAAUAGCAUGAUGUAGCUGUAUGAUCUGAGCACUUGGUAAGAGGAGGAUAUAUUUGCAUCACAUCAGACUUCAGUAUCAUGACUAAAAUGUAAGAAAUCAUUUUGUUGAAUAUUGCAGUAAGCUGUACUCAUGCUAAGAAAGAUAAGUUUUUAGCCUGGAGUCAAUAAUUCAUCUGUAAAACAUUUCAGUUCUUUGUAUCAUCCUGCACCUCCCUCUAUAAUUAUGCCACUAUAUUUACCUCCUUUAAAAUGGCUUUUGCAUUAUCUUUGAAUUUCUAUAACAGUGGUGGUAUCAAAUCAAAAUUCUGAAAUCAUUGACACUAUUCACGUGCAAAUUUUGUGUUCACCAUUGUCAAGUAAUAGCUGUAGAUUAUUUGCAAUCUUCUAUAGAGAUUUUUGUACCUUUUGAAAUGGAUGCUAUUCUAACUGUAAAAAUGUUCUUGUUCUAUUUUCAGUGCCAUUCCAGGCAAUUGUUUGAAAAUAAAGUUAGAGCUUGCUUUGUA